AUACCAUGCUUUGCGCUCCCACGAUUUUCCAAGUAGCGGAGCGUUUGUUGAACAUCUUGCAUACAGUCUGGGUUCGAAGAAACAAGAUACCCAAAACAGAAAUGCUAAUCGAAAUGAAGACGUAGAGCAGGCCACAGUGGGAUUGAAGAAGGUAGUGUUUGGGUCACAGAAUCUACAGAGUAAAGACAUGGAAAAGACAAUACAGAAGUCACAGAGAAAGCAAAUUGUUCAGGUGAAGGUUGAGCAGAUCGAGGAAGAGGUAUUUCCACCACUUUAUGUUAACGGAGAAAUAAAACAGGAGGUUAAGACAGAAGAAAUUUCAGCUUUUCAGGAGAUCGAGAGCAGACGGAGAAGAUCCUGUAGAAGAGAAGACAAGAAAAUUGACUGUGAUGGCUGUACACUGUCUGCAGCACAAUCUGAUUCAUUCUGUGGUCAGAAACGGGUUCAGUCCGGAAACGACUUGCCCCUUAGUCAGACACUGUCCAUUGCCGAAAAUCUAGUUAGCAGUCACAAAACCUUAAUAAUCCCUCUUACCCGGACUAGUGAUAUUAGUUCUCUUAAUUUGCCUCAGCCCGUUGUCACUGUGUUGAACUUGAAUCUGUGCUCCCAGUGCGGAAAGGGCUUCAAAAACCAAAGUGACCUGAAAGUGCACCAGAGAACGCACUCGCUGAAGAAACCGUACCACUGUGCUGUGUGCGGGAAGGUCUAUGUCAGCAAACAUGAACUGUCACUUCACCAGCGACUUCACACAGGCGAAAGAUUGUGGCCGUGCUCCUACUGUCCGAAGAAAUUUACCCGAAAGAGUGCCCUGGAGGUACACGUCCGAAGCCACACUGGCGAGAAGCCACACCACUGUUCCCUCUGUGGAAAGAACUUCAGCAGAAGAAGUUCCCUCAAACUGCACCAAGAGCGGCACGCAGGGUGGAAACCUUACAUCUGUUCCACUUGUGGGAAAGGUUUUGUUACCUCGGCAUCCCUAAGAAUGCAUUGGGUGGUCCACAGAGAAGAUAAACCCCAUCGGUGCACCCAAUGUGAGAAGGCUUUCAGCAGAGAAAAGGAUCUUGAAACGCACCAGCUGAUGCAUUCUGGAGAACGUCCGUAUCCCUGCUCUUACUGCCCCAAGAGGUUUAUUAGGAAAAAUGAGCUCAAGUUGCACGAACGCAUUCACACAGGAGAGAGACCUUACCAGUGUUCGGAAUGUGAGAAGACAUUCGGUCGCAUCGCACACCUGAGGUCACAUCAGCUCACGCAUACGGGGGAACGGCGACACAAAUGUUCCCGGUGCGACAAGCGUUUCAGUCAGCGCAACAGUCUGAAGAUUCACGAACGCACCCACACGGGAGAAAAGCCUUACUGCUGUACCGAAUGCCAGAAGAGAUUCGGCACCUCUGGAGAUCUGCUGAAGCACCUGAGAAUUCACACCGGAGAGAAAUCGUAUAAGUGCCGUCAGUGUGGCAAGAGCUUCCGACACUCGGCCUCGCUGAAGGUUCACCUGGUGGUCCACACUGGAGAAAAACCGUUCAGCUGUUCGCAGUGUGGGAAGUGCUUUGGCCGGGAACAGGGCCUCAAAAUGCACCAGAGAACACACACCAAGGAGCGGCCAUAUGACUGCUUGCAGUGUGGCAAGUCUUUCGGUACUUCAAGCACCUUAAAAUCCCAUAAAUAUAUCCAUGCGGUGGGAGGACCGUACCAUUGCUCCCAGUGUGGGAAGAGCUUCAGCAGAAGCGACACUUUUAAAAUACACCAGCAGAUUCAUUCGGGUGCUAAAUCCUACAAGUGUUCGCAGUGCGGAAAGUGUCUUAGCACAGCCAGCAGCCUUAAAGUGCAUCAGCAAAGCCACGUCAAAAAAAGGCAGUUCAGCUGCCCACAGUGUGCCAAGAGCUUCAGCUCCGCCUGGUACCUGAAACAACACGAGCGAACUCACACAGGUGAGAAACCGUACCUUUGCUCAAGCUGCGGGGAGAGUUUUUAUAACUCGAGCAGCCUAUUAACGCAUCAGAUGAAUCAUAGCGGGGAGCGACCGUACGGAUGCACCAGCUGUGGGAAAUUGUUUAGCCACCCGAUGCACCUUAGAAGGCACGAGAAGCUUCACACCGGCGAACGGCCGCACCAGUGCUCUGAGUGCGGGAGGAGAUUCAGCAGGAAAGACCACCUGACCGCACAUAAGCGGACCCACAAAGCCAAAGAGAAAUAAAUCAGUUUGCGGCAAUCUGAUUUGAUUGAGGCAGGAUGGGUCAUCUAUUUUUGAUGCUCUCUAAUUUGUAAAUGUAGGUCUAUUUUUCUUUCGGUAUAAAAUAUGCAAGUUAUAUGAGGAUAUUGCCCUGUGUGAAAUCAUGGAUUUUUGUGUUUUUUUUCCUUAAAAAAAAAAAAAAAAGUAAUCUUGCAGAAUCAAAGUUUUGUUGACAAUAACUCUCUCCACCUGUAAGUGGAUUUGUGUUUAGCACAGGGGUGUUAAUGUCUCCCUCCCCCUGAUUAUAAAAUAAAGGUGAAAAUGGCACAGAACCAGCUCCUGUUUCCCCCCCCCUACUAGUCUUGUGACUGCAGAUUGCAGUGUUUUGUUAUCAUGGUUUUCCUUUGAUGUUUUAAAAGCCAUUUGAUUUGUUGUAUUACUUUCGACAUUAUGAAUAAUAGCGGCUAUCUUGCGUAACAUUGACCUUGCGGUUCUCGAUUAGGGUCUGUUGCACGUUAAUAUUUUGAUAUGACAAUAUGAAGUGUGCCGUGCCAUGGAAUGUCAUGUGAGGGAGUCAUUUUUGAAGAGUUGGAGGAGAAACAUUUUUUUUGGAUGCACAGUAAUUGCAAUAAAUCCAUUAAAAUUAUCCAUUUGGCAGCCACUGUUAUAGUUGAGGUUAAUUUAAGUUCCGGUCAUUAAGUAAAGGA